AUGGCCAAGCCGAUUCUCUACUCGUAUUGGCGCUCUUCGUGUUCCUGGCGGGUCCGUAUAGGUGAGGAGGACUGGUUCAGUUCUGAACUUUUAAAGUCUAUGAAAACAUUGCAGCAUUAUCACUGAAGAACAUUGACUACGAGUACCGUCCGAUCGAUUUGUUUUCCGAGGAGUCAAAGGUUUGCUAUCUACUUUGAUAAAACUUUACUUUGUGCAAAAGAUCCUAUUCCAGAGCAAUCCAGAGUUUGUGAAGCAUAAUCCAGCUCGGAAAGUUCCAACACUCGUCAUAAAUGGACUAUCCCUAUCUGAAAGUUUGGCUAUAAUCGAGUACUUGGACGAAGCCUACCCGGAGCCGCCGUUGCUCCCCAAAGAGCUUGAGAAGAGGGCGUAUGUGCGAGCUAUUGCUCUUCAUGUGAGCCUUUUUCUUGUCUAUUUUGCUUUGAAAACUGUUAUGUUUCCAGGUCGCCUCUGGAAUCCAGCCCCUUCAGGCGAUUAGCAUUCAUAAAAUGCUCAACGACAAAGAGCCAGGAUUCGGGGAUUCGGUGAGUGAUAUCUCGAUUGCGAGUAGAAAUAUGAAAAUGUUGUCAACUGAUAAAUUGUUCAUUAGGAAAUUGCGCACAUUUUAUCAGUUGACUACUUUUCGAUAUCCCCACAGACAGAUGAGAUACAUCGUUUUGAAUGAAAGGAAUUGGCGUAGAGUAUUGUAGAUCUCUUAAUUCUUGCAGUGGUGCAAUCACUUCGUCACCAAGGGAUUCAAAGCUCUCGAGGAGCUCCUUAUCAAGCAUUCCGGCAAAUAUUGCGUUGGCGAUCAGCUGACAAUCGCCGAUAUUGUGCUACCGUCGAUCAUUUUCAAUGCGAACAUGUGAGUGCCCGAGGAUUCUCAGAGAUCAUUAACUUUUUCAGCUACAAAGUGGACAUGUCACCGUACCCGACCAUGAAUCGGAUCAACGCGACCCUCGCGGAACUUCCACACUUCAAAGCGGCUCAUCCAGACGCUCAACCGGAUGCGCCGAACAAAAACUGA